UGUCUCUCUGCUUUCUGUCUCCCUCAGUCUCUCUCUCUUUUUCUCUCUCUGGAGAGAGGAGGAGGAAUUCUUUCCCCGCCUAACAUUGCAAGAGACACAAUUCACUACAAGUCUCCCUUUCCAAGCUGCUGCAAGCGUCCCCAGUGCCCGUAACUCCCGAUCCUUAGAGGAGAGAGGAGCCCUCUCCACCUUCAACUCUCCCUCUCCCUCGUUUCCCGCCUCCUCUCACUACCUCCACCUCCACCUCCGCCACCCACCGCCCGCAGCGCCUCCUCCUCUUCUCCUCCUCCUCCCCUCUCUCUCUUUUUUGGCAGCCGCUGGACGUCCGGUGUUGAUGGUGGCAGCAGCGGCAGCCUAAGCAGCAGCCCUCGGCGCGCGCCAGCUCUGCCAGCUCCGCCAGCUCUCAUCGCCCCUGCCUUCUCCAGCCCUCUCCAUCCCGUCUCCCGAAAGGUGCUGGGCGGAUCCGGGGCGGCGGAGGGCGAGCGGCUGCAGCGGCGGUAGCGGCGGAGGCAGCGGUAGCGGCGGCGGGAGGCAGGAUGAGCGCACGCGGUGAAGGCGCCGGGCAGCCGUCCACUUCAGCCCAGGGACAACCUGCCGCCCCGGCGCCACAGAAGCGAGGACGCGGCCGACCCAGGAAGCAGCAGCAAGAGCCGACCUGUGAGCCCUCUCCUAAAAGACCCAGGGGAAGACCCAAAGGCAGCAAAAACAAGAGUCCUUCUAAAGCAGCGCAGAAGAAAGCAGAGGCCAUUGGAGAAAAGCGACCAAGAGGCAGACCUAGGAAAUGGCCACAGCAAGUCGUCCAGAAGAAGCCUGCUCAGGAGGAAACUGAAGAGACAUCCUCGCAAGAGUCUGCCGAGGAGGAUUAGGGGGCGCCAACAGCCGAUUUCUACCUCAGCAUCAGUUGGAUCUUGCGAAGGGAGAAGACACUGCAGUGACCACUUACUCUCUACUGCCGCGGUCUUUCCACUCUCUGCGGGACGGGGCGGGGGCGGGAUGGGCGAGGGGUGGGGGUGGGGCGGGAGAAAUCACAUAACCUUGAGAAGGACUAUAUUAAUCACUUUCUUUGUAACCCCUUCACAGUCCCAGGUUUAGUGAAAAACUGCUGUAAACACGGGGGACACAGUUUUAACAAUGCAACUUGUAAUGACUGUUUUCUCUUUCCUUAACCUACUAAUAGUUUGUGGAUCUGAUAAGCAAGGGUGGGUGGUGGAGAAAAACCUCUGUGUUGGGCUUAAUCAGUCACGACAUCCAAACCCUAACAGGUCACCCUAGUGACUGGGAGCAUUCGUAUAAGAAAAGCAUUGUAUGUGACUUUGUGCAGUCCCCCAAGAUACCACCCUACCCCAAUCAUAGUGAAUCUUCCGCUUAGGACACCAAAGAUAAGAACUAGAUACUACCCUCCUUUGUGUAUAAUCUUAUAGACACUUACUUGAUGAUUUUUUUUUUACUUUUUAAUUCUAAAUAAGAUAAAAUGCCGGUGUAUCUUUUCAUUCAGCUAGCAAACCAGAGUGGGUGAUGCUCAUUUUUUCAAAAAGGGAAGUAAACAAAUAAUAACUGUCGGCUCCCGUGGUUAUGGGCUCACACAAGUCAACGGGAGUGACGCACCCACAAGCAUUCUUUCCCUCUUAGGGAGACUACACAGCCAAAAGCCACUUAGCAGUAAGCGACACUUGUCAGUGGAGGACACGUGUCACCCUCGAAGCCUCCUAGACAAGUUAAAGUUACCCUUUUUUGGAAUUCAAUGAGAAAGUACCGUGCCUGAUGAACUCACCCAAGUGAUGUGGUGAGAAGAGCAAAUAGACAUUUCUUUUGCUAUGUAGUUAAAGGACCAUAAUUUUGAAAAGCAAAAAAAGCUCUCGCUUGCUCUCCACCUUUCCCUCCCCCUCCCUUGCCUCUCUGUCCUCUCUCUUCUCUCUCGUUCUUCCUUGUGUACAGUUUCCGUGAAAGACCGCAGUGCCAUUACCUCAAACGAAGCCUGUGUGUUACUUCAAGUAAUCCAUUUGUUUUGACACAGACGGCCGGCCGAGGCGCAUUGUCUCGGUUCGGUCUGCCGUCUCUGCAUUCAAGCUGCACUUUUAGCCAGAGAUGCAAUGAUUCCCCAGUACUCACUACUACCUCUGAAUGCUACAGUGACCGUGCAGUCCUGCACUUGUUACCCGCUGCUAGGCGCGAGCCCUGCCAAGACAGAAAAGCACUGACGGGAGCAGGCAGUUCCAUCACCCACGGUUCCCCGUCACUCUUGUCAAAGACACACUCUUCCUCUGUCUCAGCGUGGCUAUGCAUGUUUCUGUGAUUUUUUUUUUUAAUUAAAAUUUUACAAAUGCUUGUUGCAGCUUCCCUGCUAGAUUGCUACAUUAAUUUGAAACACUUUUUACCCAAGUCGCUCCUAGUUCUUAAGGAUAAUUUUCCUCAGUGACACCUCAUCGUAUCUCUCUCUCUCUCUCUCUUUUCUCUCUCUCUCUCUCUCUCUCUCUCUCUCUCUCUCUCUCU